GCAGACGGUGGUGUUGACACAGACGCUGAAGCUGAUGAACAGAUCACACUCUCACCCCUCUCACCUCUCGCCCGACUCUACAUUUACGCCCUGCAUGGGUGUCUCUGCGAGGUGGCGUUCACAGCAGCCUGGGACUGGUACUACACUCAUGACCACAAACUAACCGGCCACACAAGCCUUUGGGCUCUGCUUAUCUACAGCUCUGCCAUCUUCUUCAUGGAAGGUCUAAGUGCUCAGCUGCAGCAGCAACACUGCCCCCUACCAGUCAGGCUGACUGUGUACACGCUCUUCAUUUAUUCGUGGGAGUUUAGCUGGGGGUUUCUGCUAAGGCUGUUUGGAGCCUGUCCUUGGGACUAUUCCGAAUUCAGGUUUAACUUUAUUGGUCUGGUAACACUUGAGUAUGCUGUUCCCUGGGCCCUGGCUGCCCUUAUAGCUGAGAAACAUGUUAUCAGGAACACUUUGAAGAUACGUCUGGAUAAGUAACCACCAUGAAAAGACACUGUUUUUUUUAUCUCAUGGCACACAUGACCUUAAAGACAGCUCAAACAUGCAUUUAAGUCUGGGAUUAGCCUUAAGCCGUUUGUAAACUAACGGUACUGUUUAGCGCGUUGACAAAUUUGUUAUAUGCUCUCCUACUUGUAAGUCGCUUUGGAUAAAAGAGUCUGCAAAAUGAAUAAAUGUAAAUGUAAGCCUUGUCUGUGAAACCGGACAAUAAACUAUAAGUAAUAUGAU